AUGGGAGACUUCAUCAGCUAUGACCCGAAAACACACACCUGGGUAGCAGGAACAACGCAGACCCAGGUCACCCAGCGCAGGUGGAAUGAGGAUAAGGAUGGCGACCACUGCUUCUUGGUCUUGCUGCUGGGUGAGACCCCAGCACAGCUGACGAAAAAUGGGGAGGUGCAGCCCCAGGAGACGAGCCAUGCAGGGGUCCUUCCCAGCAGAGAUGGGACCUACCAGACCUGGGCCACCAUCGAGAUUGACCCGAGCAGCAACCACAACUACGCCUGCAGCGUGAGGCACGAGAGCCUGGGGGCAGCUCUGAGAGUGGCCUGGGACAAGGGCCGGACGGGUGAGUGA